CAUAAUUAAAUUUGAAAACUGACCAUGAUUGAAUGGAAGACUUUAAAUGGUGAAAAAAGUACAGAAAAGUUACAAACAGACACAAGCUGACCUCCAAGAUCAAAGUACAACAGUGUCUGGUCGCACCAUACCGUGAAUAAUAGUGGGUCCAUGGAAGGAAACCCCAUUGUUGGAAGAGAAGUAUAAAAAGCCUGACUUGAGUUCAACAAAAUGUGUGUUGCCAAGUCACAAUUCUUCUUCAAACAGGUAAACUGUCAUAUAUUCUAUAUUCAUUAUAUGCAAAGUGAAAUAUUGAAAGCUUUUUUGGUUUUAAUUUUGAUGAUUGUGGCUUACAGCUCAUGCAAAUCUAGCAUCUAAAAAUAUUAGAAUAUUUCAUUUUGAAUUUGAGCAAAUGACUAUUUAAACAGUAUAAAACCGCAUAUCUCUUUGUCUAAUUCAGCACAUGCAACUACAAUCAUGGGGAAGACUGCGAACUGUAAAAGUUGUACAGAAGGCGACCAUGGACACCAUCCACAUGGAAGGUAAACCACAGAUGGCCAUUGAUGAAAAGGUUGGCUGUUUGCAGAGUGUUGUAUCGAAGCAUGGAAAUGGAAAGGUGACUGGAAAAGGAAAAUGUGGCUGGAAAAGAUGCACAAGCAACAGAGAUGAUCGCAGCCUUGUGAACAUUGUCAAGAAAAGGUGAUUCAAGUAGUUGAGAGAACUUCACAAGGACUGGCCUGAGGUUGGAGUCAGUGCAUCAAGACCCACUGAGCACAGACUUCUUCAGUAAAGGAGCUACAACUGUAAUAUGAGACAAAGCUAGAAGAUGUCACCUGGGCUAAGGAGAAAAAGAACUGGACUGUCGUUCAAUAGUCCAAAGUCCUCCGUUCAGAUUUAAGUACAUUUUGCAUUUCAUUUGGAAACCCAGGUCCUAGAGUCUGGAGAAAGAGUGAAGGGGCACACAAUCCAAGGUGUUUGAAGUCCAUUGUGAUGAUUUGAGGUGCCAUGUCAUCUGCUGCUGUUGGUCCACUGUGUUUUAUCAAAUCCAAAGUCAACGCAACAUCUACCAAGAGAUUUCAGAGCACUUCAUGCUUUCAGCUGCUAACAAGCUUUAUGGAAAUGCCAGUUCUUUUUCUAGCAGGACUUAAUACCUGCUCACAGAGCAAAAACUACCUCCAAAUGGUCUGCUGACCAUGAUAUUACUGUGCUUAGUUGGCCAGCCGACUUACCUGACCUGAACCCCACAGAACCCGAUAUGGGCUAUUGUCAAGUGGAAGAUGAGAAACACCCAAUCUGAAAAUACAGAAAAGCUGAAGGCUGCAAUCAAAGCAACCUGGACUUUGGAAACACCUUAGUAGUGCAACAAGCUGACUGUCUCACACGGAUGCAGUAAUUUGUGCCGGGGAACGGGAACAUGAAAUGGAGAUCACUCGGGCCAGACCGUCCUUGUAUGGAGAAAUCGCUCAUGGCCUUGGAUUCUGGACAGACCGGUCUGCGGUGCACGAGGCGGCUGCGCAGGGCAGGGCCUUGCAGCUGCAGCAGUUGAUAGAGGGAGGCGCAGCAGUGAACAUCGUGGCUGUGGACUCCAUCACCCCUCUGCAUGAGGCUUGCAUACAGGGACAAACCCAGUGUGUCAGACUGCUGCUGGACGCCGGUGCGCAGGUAGAUGCUCGUAACAUCGAUGGCAGCACUCCACUGUGUGAUGCCUGUGCAGCUGGUAGUCUGGACUGUGUCAAGCUGCUGUUGGAGUAUGGAGCGACCGUCAAUCCUCCACUGUUUACCUUCUCACCUCUUCAUGAGGCCUGCAUGGGAGGUAAUUCAGAUUGUGUUCAGCUCAUGAUUGAUCAAGGAGCUUUCAUGGAGGCCCAUGACUGCCACUAUGGGACUCCCCUUCAUGUAGCCUGUGCCAGGCAACAUUACGACUGCGCCAAAGUACUCCUCAAUGCGGGAGCAAAUGUGAACGCUGCCAAGCUCCAUGAGACGGCUCUUCAUCACGCAGCCAAGACAAAGAACAUUGACUUGAUUGAGCUACUUGUGGAGUUUGGGGGGAAUGUGUUUUCCCGGGACAACCUGAACAAAAAACCCAUCCACUACACCAGUGUGGGAUCUCCCUCUUACAUCUCUCUUGAGUUCUAUGAGAAUACCCCCCUCAGUCUGCAGCAGAUCAGCAGAGUGGCAGUGAGGAGGACUCUUGGCAAAAGAGCACGCGACGUUGUUUCCAAACUGGGCUUGCCCAAUCGCAUCAUAAGCUUUCUUUCUUACACGCCACCUCCACCUAUUGAAAUUUAAUCACCUCUGACAAACUUGAGUGCAGCUCUCAGAAGGUUAAACACUAUCCAGUUAUAUCUGCUGGUUCUGUGGUUCUUUUUCUCCAGAAAGUCAUAUGACAGGAUGUUGAAGUUGGCAGAGGUGCCGCACAGAUGUCUUAACACUGCCAGACGAGACGGGUGUACAGAGAUUUCUUAAAGACUGUUUUAUACCGAAGCAAGCUAAAAGAAAAAAAAAAGGCUCAAUUUGCUUAUUAGCUUAUAGCUGCACCGAGAGAUGUUUUUGAUCAUUUAUGGAACAGAAAUACAGUCCUGACAUAUGUAGCAGCAACUUUUAUCUAGCUCUGGUGGCUAACGUGUUUUCAAACAACUGUCUACUUGCAUAUUUAGUAGAAAUAAACCGUUUUUAGGAUCUUGUUAGACGUCAAAAUAAUGUUAAGCUCAACACUCAGCUUUCACCUCUCGGCCCUUUAACCCCUGAGUUAAACAUCUUCACCAGCCAGUUAUUUAUUUCACCUUUGCAGUUUGGUGCUUGGCAGUUUGUGUGCAGUUUUUGGCAAGAAAAACAAAAGGCCAAAGGAUCAAAUGACUUGCUGUUGAAGGCCAUGCACACUAGUGGCGAACCCACACAGGUGAUUUCUUUGUUUUGGGCUGAUUCAGAUCUUCUUUCGGGACUGUGUGGGCGCCUACAGACAGUCUAUCAAGCUCAGCCUCUCCUGUUAGCUCCUGUUUGCGCUUGUUAAAACGGGCCAUGUUUCACCUUUAGCAUCCUUUUUUUAGUGCACACAGUCUGGCGAGCAGAGGUCUAAUUAGUCACAAUAGCUGAACACACCCGCGUGGGAGUACAGAGCCUUUAUUUAAUGCAUCUAAUCCUCAGAAGCUUCGGAAACACCGUUAAUCAUUUCACAUUACUCAGAGCCAUUUGAAUCAGUGUUCAUAUAAUGUGUGUUGCUUUAAGGAGCCUGAAAUAUAGAAGCAUGAACUGUUCAUCACGACCAAGUAUGUGUGAAUGUAAUUUACAUCCUAGAUCCUGUAUUACUUCACUGAAUAUGGAACAUGCGGUUUGACGACUAGAAUUAUAUCAUUUUAUGUAUUUGUAUAUAUAUUCUGUAACUAUUUAUUUUUAAUGUAAAUUUGUACAUAAUACAGAUGGUUCUACCUCUAUUUGUGUAAAUAAAUAGACCUCUAUCAGACUAUUUUAAAAACAA